GUGCUUUGCAUCCUCAAAGAAUCAAUUGCGUUUAUCUGGUAGGCAACCGGCCUAUAAAUAGGCGUCACUGGGUUUUCGGGGACCUCAGAAGUGCCUCGUAUUUCAAGCGAAGCGGAAGCAAGAAACUCUCCCGAAAUGGAUUGGAUCAAAAUAUUUGGUCUUGCCCUGCUAUUGAUUGGAAUGGCGCAGUGCCACCCGCAGUUCGAUAGCGGAAACCCUUGGCUGCGGCCUCGUCAACCGACUGAACCUACGAUUUCUCCGGAUGCAGGGGGCAGCACCCCGACCAACGCUGCUCCAUCAACCACCCCGUCCCCGCGCUAUUUCGCCUGUUUCCAUUCAUGCCCGGCCACCAGCGAGUACAAUCCAAUCUGCGGCAGUGAUAACGUGAACUACUACAAUGAAAACAAGUUCAACUGCGCCUUGAACUGCGGCCUAAACAUUCGGAAGGUGCACAAGGGAAUUUGUCAGACUUAGUCUAGAUCGCUUGACUUCAGUUCAUUUGUGUAUGUAAGCAUGAACGUAUUGCAAAUACUCUAUUCAUCGUCUGAUCGAUGACAUCAGCGAAUAUAAAUAUGAAUGUACAUACAUGCAUACUUAAGUACAUACAUACAUAAAUAAAAACUUAGCGCUGUUACUGGUAUAUGGACGGUGUAUGACCCCAAAAAA